AAAAAAAAAAAAAACCUAGGUGGGGACUUGGGGCCCUUGGGGAGUAUUUGUAAUCAAACCCUUGAUCGCUAAUCACUACUACUACAAACUCGAAACCCUCAUCUUCGCUCAGGGAGUUUCUUCUCAAAUCCCUACUUCUUCUGCUUGCUUCGAUUUUCAUUCAGCCAUGGGUUCUGAUGCUGAUAUGGAGGACUAUGGGUUUGAGUACUCAGAUGAGGAGCCUGAGGAACAGGAUGUGGACAUUGAGAACCAAUAUUACAACUCAAAAGGUUUGGUUGAAGCCGACCCCGAAGGAGCACUUGAGGGUUUUGCUGAAGUAGUUCGGAUGGAACCUGAGAAGGCUGAGUGGGGAUUCAAAGCUCUGAAGCAGACUGUUAAGCUCUACUACAGAUUAGGGAAGUAUAAAGAAAUGAUGGAUACUUACAGGGUGAUGCUCACUUAUAUCAAAUCAGCUGUGACACGAAAUUACAGUGAAAAAUGUAUAAACAACAUCAUGGAUUUUGUUUCUGGACCAGCUAGUCAGGACUCCAGUCUCUUGCAAGAGUUCUAUGAGACAACCUUAAAGGCCCUUGAAGAGGCAAAGAAUGAGAGGCUCUGGUUUAAGACAAAUCUAAAGCUCUGCAAGAUUUGGUUCGAUAUGGGUGAAUAUGGGAGAAUGAGUAAGAUUUUGAAGGAACUACACAAAUCUUGCCAAAAAGAUGGUACAGAUGAUGAAAAGAAAGGAACACAACUCUUGGAGGUGUAUGCAAUUGAGAUACAAAUGUACACUGAAACUAAGGAUAACAAAAGGCUCAUGCAACUAUACCAAAAAGCAUUGUCUAUCAAAUCUGCAAUACCGCAUCCUAGAAUCAUGGGAAUCAUUCGCGAGUGUGGUGGGAAAAUGCAUAUGGCAGAACGUCAAUGGGCUGAGGCAGCCACAGAUUUCUUUGAAGCUUUUAAGAACUAUGAUGAAGCUGGUAACCAGAGGCGUAUCCAGUGUCUGAAAUAUUUGGUUCUGGCUAAUAUGCUGAUGGAAUCUGAAGUUAACCCAUUUGAUGGGCAAGAAGCAAAGCCGUAUAAAAAUGACCCUGAGGUUUUGGCGAUGACAAAUUUGAUAGCCGCAUAUCAACGGAAUGAGAUAUUGGAAUUUGAGAAAAUCCUUAAGACUAACAGAAGGACGAUAAUGGACGAUCCGUUUAUUAGGAAUUACAUUGAAGAUCUCUUGAAGAAGGUUAGGACCCUAGUGUUGCUAAAGUUAAUCAAGCCUUACACAAGAAUUCGUAUGCCCUUCAUAUCAAAGGAGCUUAACAUUCCAGAGAAGGACGUUGAGGAAUUGUUGGUUUCUCUAAUCUUGGAUAAUCGUAUCCAUGGGCACAUCGAUCAAGUCAACCGGCUGUUAGAGUGCGGUGACAGCUCAAAGGGAAUAAAGAAGUACUCCGCCAUUGAUAAAUGGAAUACACAACUCAAGUCCCUCAAUCUAACCAUCACCAACAGAGUAUGUUGAGAUCAUAUACAAGGAAAUGGCGCCUUUAGGAUUUUGACUCUGGCUUGAUAUCAUGUUCUCUUUUGCCGUGAUGUAAGUUCUAUGCUAGUUAAGAGGCAUUCUGCAACUCAUAUACUGCAACUUAAAGGUGAAAAUUUCUGAUCGUACAAGCGUGUAUGAAGCCCAAAUCGGCAAUUUUCAAGGAUCUAGGCCCAUGUCCUGGAGCGGAUAAUUUUUAUGACGUUUUGGCUUGAUAACUAGUUAUGACUACUACUCUUUGAUCUAGUCGACGGAAGUAAAGAUAUUUCUGGUUUAGAGAUGGACGAAAACCAACAAAUGUUUUCUCCAGUUCCCCUAUGAAUAUGUAUAGACAUGUUGAAAGAACUUCAGAUGGUACUAUUGAGGAUCAAAAAGCCCCUUUACUCA